AGAAGACGGUGAGCGGGACCGGGGAUAAGAUAACCUCCCAGAUCACCCAAUCAAGGUGCUGUUGUUGGAAUUGGAUCCCUUCCUUAUUCCUCACUUGACAGCGGAGACACACAGCUUGGUCGCAGAGUGGUGAGAGAGAGGAACAAGCAACCACGUUAGAGCCAAAAGAGAGCACAAGAGGAUGAUGGCUGGACUAUUUUCUUUCGUUUCAAAGCAAGAGUGAGGGACUCCGGAGGGGAGAACGUGAACUCUCAGGAGGGACGUGUAUCUGAAACAACAAAGCAGUGAGCUCACCGGCUCGGGAUUGAAUGAAGACAAGAACCCUUCUCCAGAAAAAAGGGGAUAACUAAAGAAAAGGACAAAAAGUAGAUAAAGAAAACAAAAGUGGAAUUCCUUUGAUUCUCCUUUUUCUUUAAAGAGUAGUUUUUCUGGAACUAAGCGACUCGUGUAUGUUGUGUGUUUUUUUUGGGAUUGCUAAGUCUACUAUAGAAGCAUCAUGUAGAGCGUCUCCCAACGAGCUCUGAGGUGGGCAAGUUUUCGACAGGAAACAACAGAGGAGGGGAGGUCGAGCUCCUGUGGGUUGCGGAGACAUGUCACUAGAAGACAUGUCACUAAAAGACAUGUCCCGAGAAGUCGCAAGGAGCACCGUGAGUCUCGGGGCUGUGAACGGCACUUCGGUCCACUGCAACUGCCACUCAGGUCUGGAGCCGGACAUCCAGGGCCAGGAUGGGGCCGUCAUGAAGCGCAUUGCCUCCUUGCCCGUGGACAUGUUUGACCCCAGCGACUUUACCGGGAGGUUCACCAAGAUCCAGUGGCCCAGAAAGAGGACCAGGAUCAUUGACCCCUCUCCAGUGGAACAGAAGCCGCCCCUCCCGCCAGUCAGUGGAACCUUGGGAGGUAGGAAGGGUCCUGUCGUCAUGGCGCCCGUCAACGUGGACCCUGAGAGCAAGCCGGGCGAGUUCGUCCUAAAAAGCUUGUUUGCCAACUUCACCUUGCUCUCCGAACGCAAGAUUCGCAUCAUCAUGGCCGAACCGCUGGAGAAGCCACUUAACAAGUCUCUGCAGAGGGGAGAGGACCCACAGUUCGACCAGUUCAUCAGCAGUAUGAGUUCUCUAGCAGAGUACUGCCUGCCAUCCAUCCUGAGGACUCUGUUUGACUGGUACAAGAGGCAGAACGGUCUGGAGGACGAGUCCCACGAGUAUCGACCCAGGGCCAACACAAAAUCGAAGAAUGACGAGCAACAGAAAGACUACCUAUUGGAGCGGAGGGAUCUGGCAAUAGACUUCAUAUUUUCUCUGGUGCUUAUUGAGGUUUUGAAGCAGAUCCCCCUUCAUCCUCUUUUGGACGGACUCAUCCAAGAAGUCAUAAACCUGACAUUCAAGCACUUCAAAUACAAAGAAGGGUAUCUGGGACCCAACACAGGCAACAUGCACAUAGUGGCUGACCUCUAUGCUGAAGUCGUGGGAGUUGUAGCUCAGUCCAGGUUCCCAGCAGUGAGGAAGAAGUUCAUCUCCGAGCUGAAGGAGCUGAGGCAGAAGGAGCAGAGCCCCUACGUCAUCCAGUCCACCAUCAGCCUCAUCAUGGGACUCAAGUUCUUCCGCAUCAAAAUGUACCCGGUGGAGGACUUUGAAGCCUCCUUCCAGUUCAUGCAGGAGUGCGCGCAGUAUUUCUUGGAAGUGAAGGAUAAAGACAUUAAACACUCGUUAGCCGGACUCUUUGUGGAAAUACUUGUACCUGUAGCUGCUACCGUGAAGAACGAGGUGAACGUGCCGUGUCUGCGAAAUUUUGUAGAAAGUCUGUACGAUACUACGUUGGACUUGUCAUCCAGAAAGAAACACUCUCUGGCUCUGUAUCCUCUGGUGACUUGCCUUCUGUGUGUCAGUCAGAAGCAGUUCUUCCUCAGCCGCUGGCACAUUUUCCUCAACAAUUGCCUCUCCAACCUCAAGAAUCGAGAUCCAAAGAUGGCCCGCGUGGCUCUAGAAUCGCUCUACCGCCUGCUCUGGGUCUACAUGAUCCGAAUAAAGUGCGAGAGCAACACAGGAACUCAGAGUCGUCUGACGUCCAUCACCUCCACUCUAUUCCCCAAAGGUAGUCGGAGCGUUGUGCCCAGAGACAUGCCUCUGAAUAUUUUUGUCAAGAUUAUCCAGUUUAUUGCCCAGGAGAGACUGGACUUUGCCAUGAAGGAGAUCAUAUUUGAUCUGCUGAGCGUCGGGAAACCUGCCAAAGCCUUCAGUCUCAACCCAGAGCGUAUGAACAUCGGCCUGCGGGCGUUCCUGGUAAUAGCCGACGCUCUGCAACAGAAGGACGGAGAGCCUCCUAUGCCCAACACAGGAGCCACUCUGCCCUCUGGAAACUCUCUGAAGAAAAAGAAAACUUAUCUCAGCAAGACACUUACUGAGGAGGAAGCCAAACUUAUAGGCAUGUCCUUGUACUACUCCCAGGUCCGAAAGGCUCUGGACAACAUCUUGAGACACUUGGACAAGGAGGUGGGUCGCUGUAUGAUGCUCACCAGCGUUCAGAUGCUCAACAAAGAACCAGAGGACAUGAUCACUGGCGAAAGGAAACCUAAAAUUGACCUGUUCAGAACAUGUGUGGCGGCCAUUCCUCGAAUCCUUCCUGAUGCCAUGUCCAAACCUGAGCUCAUUGACCUGCUCUCAAGACUUACUGUGCACAUGGACGACGAGCUUCGUCUCAUUUCCCAGAAUUCCCUGCAGAGCCUGUUACUUGAUUUCCCAGACUGGAGGGAGGACGUCCUGUUUGGUUACACACAUUUCCUUUUGCGCGAGGUUCAAGACACCCAUCAGGGUCUGCAGGAUGCCUCGGUGAAGCUCCUUCUCCAGCUGCUCACUCAGUGGAGGUUGGCGCUGCAGCUCCAAGGGAAGACGCGAGGUGGAGUUGAGUCCAGCCCCAGACUACCAGAGCGAAGCCCCCACUGCUCCGUGCUCCACGCGGUUGAGGGUCUGGCCCUACUGCUGCUCUGCUCGUGUCAGAUCAGCACGAGGAAGCUGGCGGUCGGUGUGUUAAGAGAAAUACGCUGCCUCUUCACUGCCCUGGGACAUGCUGACGACGAUGACAAACCCAUGAUCGAGGUGAUGGACCAGCUGAGCCCAGCUGUAAUGGACAGCUUUGUUCACGUCGCUGUCUCUGACUCGUCCACCUUGCCCCUCAGCCACCAUGUUGACCUCCAGUGGCUGGUGGAGUGGACGGCUCGGCUGGUGAGCAGCUCCUACGAUGUGAAGAGCCCCAGCCAUGUCUGGAUCUUUGCGCUGUGUGUGAAGGACCCGUGGGUGCUCUGUCUGCACAUCUUCUUGCGGCAGGAGCACCUGCCCAAACACUGCCCCACUGCCCUGGGAUACGCCUGGCCCUAUGCUUUCACACGGCUACAGCUGCUACUGCCCUUGGUCGACCCCAACAGUCCUGUGAACGCCAAGAAGACCAGCACGGCAGGCUCCAGCGACAGCUACAUCUCCCUGUGGCGUAACUACCUCAUCCUGUGUCUCGGUGUGGCUAAACCCAGCAUCAUGUCCCCCGGUCACCUCCGAGCCUCCACGCCGGAGAUCAUGGCCACCACUCCCGACGGCAGCGUCACCUACGACAACAAAGUGAUAGGAACUCCAUCGGUAGCCUGGCUUUUGAAACAGCUCGUCCCGCUGAUGAGAGCGGAAAGUUUGGAGAUCACAGACUCUCUGGUGCUCGGGUUUGGAUGCACAAACGCUCUCGUCUUCAGGGAGCUAGUUGAAGAACUCCAUCCACUGAUGAAGGAAGCACUGGAGCGUAGGCCGGAGAACAAGCGACGCAGAGAGAGGAGGGACCUUCUCAGGCUGCAGCUGCUGAGGAUCUUUGAACUGCUGGCUAAUGCAGCCGUUAUCAGUGACAGCACCAAUGGAGCACUGGAGCGUGAUUCACUGGCCCUGGGUGCCCUGUUCCUCGAGUAUGUGGAUCUUACCCGGAUGCUUCUGGAGGCUGAGAAUGAGAAGGAGAUGGACGUGCUUAAAGACAUCAGAGCCCAUUUCAGCGGGAUGGUGGCCAAUCUCAUCCAGUGUGUUCCUGUCCACCACAGGCGCUUUCUCUUUCCUCAACAGUCCCUGAGGCACCAUCUCUUCAUUCUCUUCAGUCAAUGGGCUGGCCCCUUCAGUGUCAUGUUCACUCCCCUCGACCGCUACAGUGAUCGCAACCACCAGAUCACUCGCUACCAGUACUGCGCCCUGAAGGCCAUGUCAGCAGUUCUGUGUUGCGGCCCAGUGUUCGACAAUGUGGGUCUCUCUACUGAUGGCUAUCUCUACAAAUGGCUCGACAACAUCUUGGCUUGUCAUGACCUACGGGUCCACCGUCUGGGGUCCGAGGUGGUCAUCCUGCUCUUAGAAUUAAACCCGGACCAAAUCAAUCUGUUCAACUGGGCCGUGGACCGCUGCUUCACUGGGUCUUACCAGCUAGCUUCUGGUUGCUUCAAGGCCAUCGCCACUGUCUGCGGCAACAGGAAUUACCCAUGUGAUCUUGUGACUUUGCUCAAUCUGGUGUUGUUCAAGGCCUCAGACACCAGCAGGGAAAUAUAUGAGAUCUCGAUGCAGCUGAUGCAGGUGCUGGAGUCAAAGCUGUGUGCGUACUCCAAGCGAAUGGUGGAGCAGAAGCCCGGUAACAUUUUGUAUGGAACACACGGUCCUCUGCCUCCCCUGUACAGUGUCAACCUCUCUCAACUCUCCAUCCAGCUGGCCAGCAUGUACCCUGAGCUCACCUUGCCUCUCUUCUCAGAGGUGAGCCAGCGUUUCUCAACCACCCACUCCAACGGCAGACAGAUAAUGUUAUCCUACCUGCUGCCCUGGCUCAGUAACAUUGAGUUGGUGGACACGGGGCUCCUACCCCCAGCCUCGAGCCCCUGCACACCAGAAGAGGAAGCUUGCGGUCAGGGGCAGGGCAUGUCCCCCAGUCUGAGAGGCAACGGCUGGGGCUCCUUGCAGGCAACGUCGCUGGUGCUCAAUAACCUCAUGUUCAUGACCGCUAAGUACGGAGACGAGGUUCCCGGCCCAGAGAUUGAGAAUGCCUGGAACGCUCUGGUGUCCAACGAGAGGUGGAGCAACAACCUGCGGAUCACCCUGCAGUUCCUCAUCAGCCUGUGCGGAGUCAGCAGUGAUACGACACUGCUGCCAUUUAUAAAGAAAGUGGUCAUCUACCUGUGUCGCAACAACACCAUCCAGACUAUGGAGGAGCUCCUGUUUGAGCUGCAACAGACUGACCCUGUCAACCCCGUGGUGUUGCACUGUGAUAACCCUCCAUUCUAUCGCUUUGCCGCCAGCAACAAAGCACCCACCUCACAGACAGGCACCACGUCCAGCAGUAACACCGUGGUGGCUGGUCAGGAGAACCUGGCAGACACAGAUGAGAAGAAGCUGGUCAGAGAGAGUGAAGAGCGCAUGGCCAGGGCUCACAACAGACUAGAAUCUCGCUACAGCAACAGCUCCGGGGGGUCUUACGAGGAUGAAAAGACCGACCCUCUCCCACCAUACGCUGGUUGGCUGCUGGGCGUUCUGGAAACCAAUCACCCUCAGCCGCUACCCAUGCCGAUUAACGGAGGCUGCUGGGCUCCUCUGGUGGACUACCUGCCGGAAACAAUCACACCCAGAGGACCACUGCAUAGGUGUAACAUUGCAGUGAUCUUCAUGACAGAAAUGGUGGUUGACCACAGUGUGAGAGAAGACUGGGCUUUACACCUUCCCCUGCUACUACAUGCCCUCUUCUUGGGCCUGGACCACUACAGACCUGAGGUCUAUGAACACAGUAAACGUCUCCUUCUCCACCUCCUCAUUGCUCUCUCCUGCAACAACAACUUCCAGGUAAUAGCUUCAGUACUGAUGCUGACGAGAGAGAUAAGUGACAACAAGACCCUCACCAUUAAGUCCAGCUACCACACAGAGUACCAGCAGUCCCAUACACCCGACUUCUUGCGAGAGUGGCAGGCGUCUCCAAUGGCCGACUCUGGCCUCAGCUCAACCUCCAACUCCUCCUCUGCCAGUCUCGGUGGCGGCAGCACUGCUGGCAGUGUUGGAAAUUUGCCCCUCGUAACACCCGAUGACCUGGGGGACCUUGAGGAUACGACCAACAAAACCGACGAGAAGACCAACAAACUCAUCGAGUUCCUCUCCACCAGUGCCUGGAGUACUGUGUUGUUGUUGCUCAGAGCGUUUGGGCCGCUGUGGGUGCACGAGGACAUCACGCCGAGGAACCCAAACUCCAAGAGCACAGAGCAGCUCUCCAACUUCCUGCGGCACGUCGUCUCCGUCUUUAAGGAGUCAAAGUCCGAUUUCCACUUGGAGCAUCAGCUGAGCGAUGUGGCUUUACAGACGGCUCUGUGCAGCUCCUCUCGUCACUAUGCCGGGCGCUCCUUCCAAAUCUUCCGAGCCCUCAAACAGCCAAUCAACAAUCACGCCGUCUCUGACCUGGUCUCGCGCCUCGUUGAGGUGGUGGGAGAACACGGAGACGAGGUGCAGGGCUAUGUGAUGGAGGUGUUGUUGACGCUGGAGUCGGUGGUGGUGAAUCUCGCGGAGUGUCUGAAAAACAGUGACCUUAUGGCAGCCCUGACCAGGACAUCCUCGCCAGACUUUGUUACUAGCGAGAAACUGAUGAACAGAAAGAGCACGGGUCAGUUGAACUAUCCCGGCCCGGGGUUUGUCGGCCUGUCGUCACAACGCCACCAGCGCUCCUACUCAGUCCCCAAGAAGUUUGGCGAGUGCGGCCACCAGCUGAGUGAUCCUCCUCGCAGUGCAACUUUGGAUCGCAUACAGGCCUGCAACAGCCAUGGCCUCGCUCGAACAGGAAGGACCCCCGGGUCCUGCACGUCCUCCACCAACCGCAUCGAUCCAAGCGUCCUAUCGGACCCCGCCCAUGUCUCCCAUCCAUCAACAAUACUGGCCACAGUCUUCUGGGUGGCGGUGGCCCUCAUGGAGUCCGACUUUGAGUUUGAAUAUCAGAUGUCACUACGCCUCGUUCACAAGCUGCUGUCAAAGGUGCCCUUAGACCGAGCCGAAAACCGCGAGCGUCUGGAGAAGCUCCAGGCUCAGCUGAGGUGGAGCGGAUUCUCUGGGAUUCAGCAGCUUUUGUUGAAAGGUUUUACCUCGCAGGCCACCUCUGACCUCACCUUGCAGCUCUUCUGCCAGCUCACGCCAGUCUCCCGCGUGCCUGUUGUCGACAGCUCUCAGUCUAUAGGUUUCCCUCUGAAUGUGCUGUGUCUGCUGCCUCACUUGGUGCAGCACUUUGGCCAUCCGACUCAGUUUUGUAAGGAGAGUGCUGAGAGGAUCGCACAGGUGUGUUUAAUGGAGAAGAACACAAAGCUUUCCCAUUUGGCCCAUGUGAUGACUCUCUAUAAGACACGUUCUUACACACGGGACCCCUUCUCCUGGGUCAGUGUGGUUUGCCGCUACCUCCAUGAAGCCUUCUCCGAAAUCACACUCAACAUGGUCACCUAUAUGGCUGAGCUGCUGGAAAAGGGCCUUCCUGCUAUGCAACAGUCUCUCCUACAGAUCAUUUACUGCCUGCUCAGCCACAUGGACCUGACCUCCGUACAAGUAAAACAGUUCAACGGUGAUGUCACCAAGACCAUUGAGAAGUUUGUUCAGACAGUUCACUGGAAGGAUGCCUUAAACAUCUUGAAGCUGGUGGUCUCACGCUCUGCCAGCCUUGUUCAUCCGGUGUACCGCCACUCACAGGGCGACCUGUCCAACCUGGAGGUCAGCAGAGUGUGGGACGGUUCAGCCAAGGCUCUGCCUGGGAAAACACUGGACUUCACCUUUGACAUCUCUGAGACUCCAGUCAUUGGGCGUCGGUUUGACGAGCUUCAGGGCUCGGGCGGCAGAGAGGGGAAGGCCAGAGCCAUGGCUGUAACGCGGAGCACUUCCUCCACCUCCUCUGGAUCCAACUCCAACACUAUCCUGGUGCCCGUCAGCUGGAGGCGACCGCAGUCCUCUCAGAAAAGAACCAGAGAGAAGCUGGUAAACGUUUUAUCUCUUUGUGGACAAGAAGUUGGACUCACCAAGAACCCAUCUGUGAUCUUCUCGUCGUGUGGCGACUUGGACAUGAUGGAGGUGCGGGAGAGUGGUGUGUCAUCAGAGGAGGGUGGAACCAGAGAAGACACGCUAGACGACACCGCCAGCGAGCAGCAGUUCAGGGUUUUCCGAGACUUUGACUUCCUGGAUGUGGAGCUGGAAGAUGGAGAGGAGCUCCAGGGCGAGACCGUUGAUAACUUUAAUUGGGGCGUGCGUCGGCGCUCUCUGGACAGCACGGAGCUGGGUGACAUGUUGGAGGAGAGCCAGCACUCCGGCAGCACCCCUAGUCUUGGUCACGAGGACCCCCACGAUUCAGACGAGUCCUCAGAGGAAGAGGAGUCUUCAACCAGCCAGAGCCUGUCUCACUCUCAGCUUACGAACCCUUCUCCAUCGGAGGAAACCAAUCACACUGAUUCUCUGUCUACUUCUUACGACACAUCUGCCGACGCACAAUCCCUCAACGCUUCCACACCGGGGCAGGGAGCGCUGCACGAUUACCACGGUGGCCUUGAUGGGAGGGUGUGCGGGGGGGACGAGGACACUCAGGUGCAGGAUGACGAACUGUCGCUGAGCGCCAAUGAGCUCCCUCACGGCUCGGACUUCGGCGAGAGUCUCACCCUGGAGUUGCCGGGCCAACCUCUGGAUCAUCUGCCCAAUCUGGACCACAGUCUCAGCGCAGACUACUGCCAACCUCCGCUGGACUUUCUAGACCCCAACUGUCUGCCCAGCUUACGUGAUGAUGUAGAUGACUUGGAAGACCUCGGUUUUCCUCCUCCCCCCUCUCCAUUUUUCUCCGCCAUCUUGGCAGCCUUCCAACCCGCCGUGUGUGACGAUGCUGAGGAGGCAUGGCGUUGUCACAUCAGCCAGCUUGUGACCGACUCCGAUGGGUCUUGUGCCGUCCACACUUUUCAAGUCUUUUCAUCUCUCUUUACGAACAUCCAGGGCAAAUUCUGCCUCCUGACCACUGAUGUUGCCACUUACCUUGGAGAGGGCUUGAGGGGUAUUGGAUCAAAGUUCCUUAUGUCGUCUCAGAUGCUAACAACUUGCUCAGAUUGUCCCACAAUCUACAUUGAUGCUGACACUAUUAUUUCAUAUGGCCUCCUUGAAAAAAUGAAGUUCAGUGCACUGGAGCUGCAGGAGUACCUGGACACCUACAACACCAGAGAGGACGCUGCUCUAUCGUGGUUGAGGAACUGUAAGGACACAUUUCCCAGGUGCCCCGGGGAUAGUGUGGUAACCUGCCAGCCUGGAGACUCAGAGGAGAAGCAAAUGGAGUCUCUUGCACAAUUGGAGCUUUGUCAGAGACUCUACAAACUGCAUUUCCAGCUCCUCCUACUGUUCCAGUCCUACUGCUCGCUCAUUGGUCAAGUUCAUGCUAUCAGCUCGGUGCCUGAGCUCCUGAACAUGUCUCGAGAGCUCUCCGAUCUGAAGACCAGCCUGCAGGUGGCUGAGGCGGCCGUAGCCAGCGAUCUGGAGCACAAACACUUGGCCCACACUCGAUCGCACGCCACCGAGGUGGCAGCCAUGGUUGUGCCCAGCUUCUCCUCCUCAGAGGCGGCUGUGCAGGCCAUACUGGAGUGCCUUAAGAACCACGAGUUCACCAAAGCUGUGCGCUACAUCCAGGAGUGCAGGAGGCAGUGGCCCUGCGGCGUGUUUGGUGGCGGCUCGGAAAGCGAGGUGCAGACGCUACUCAACGUCUACUUCCGCCACCAGACGCUGGGCCAGACGGGCACCAUUGCCCUAGUGGGUUCCCGCCAGGACCUCAGCCUGAUCUGCUCCAAGCUGCUGGAGCUCAACGGGGAGAUCCGGGACAUGAUCUGCCACGCCCAGGGUUACCGGGUGGUCACAACCUACCUCCCCGACUCCAGCGCCUCCGGGACAAGUCUCUGACAGGAGCUCAGGAGCCCCCCGCCCCCUCCUUCGCCACCCUUACCUCCCCCGUGCCCGUCCUCGCAACCAUUGACGCUUCCAAAGCCUCCUCGUCAUCCUUUCACGUCUCAGCCGGCUGUUACAGCGGAGGCCCGGCACCCACAUACCUGGCCGCUGCCUCCCCCUGUGUAUCUGCUGCCCCGGCUGCACGGCAACAGACGGCUACCUGCCUGCCGCCUCGCUCAGCACCCUCUUUAGAUCACGACCCUAAUGUCCCCCUGCUCUCCUCAUCCGCAUUCGCUGUAGAGUCUGAUCCCGCCUUAUUUGAUUUUCCCAAACCGCCGGACUUGUUCUCGUCGCCCAGCUGCUCAAACUCGCCGGGCCGGCCGCAUUUUUCCCCAUUGCCACACGCGCAAGAGUCGAGGAGGCUUCACCUCAAUGAGAGCGCUGACCUUCCUUUCAGCGGACAUUUGUCGCACAGUUCGGCGCUUUUACACACACACAGAAGUACUCACUGGAUAUCGUCUCGUACAUCCGGCAUGCUGCUGACGGUAGCCUCGGAACCGGCCACACUCACGCACUCAGAUUUGACCACAUGUCUCGAUGCCCCACAGGGUUCACAUCUCCCCGAUUUCCCCCGCUCUCCCUACAAACACACAGGUUUAUCCCCAAUGCGACAACCGAGUCGAGAGGCUGUGUUAUCCAGCAGCCCGGCCCCAUCUUCAUCCCUUCUCCUUGAUCCUACUCCUCCCCCUCCCUGCCCCACCGGCCCAGGAGAGGCUGCGAUGUGGGGUUGCUGUUGUUCCCUCGCUGGAACUUCUGCGCCCUUAUCUCGCUACCUGGGAAAGGUGAGGCACGCCGCCCUGCCCCUAUUGAAAGUAGGGGGGCUUCUGGAUGCCGAACCCUCCGAUGUCCAGACCUAAGACGUAAGCCUACCGCGGCAGAAGACCUAGGGGUCUGAGACUUGAAUGGAUCCUAAAUGAAGUCAACCGUCCUUGAGCAACCCUCCGAUCUUCAUAUCUGAAAAGCAGAAGAUGACAUCACAGAGAUACUUUCCGAUUUUACACAUUUAAAAACAUUGAAUCAUGAUAUCCCCAGAUAUGAUGGGAUCACUGCACCGACUAGAUACAACCCGGUGUGCUGCCUAGUGAUGAACACGACCUGAUUCCAUCCAGGCGCUGACAUCGCUACGGCUACAUGCCGCAGGGUUGAUCUGCUUUAGGGUCAUCACACGGCACUAAAUCUGUUCUGUACCUGAGGACUUGUGAAGGCUUUAAGCUUUGACUUCUGACUUGACUCCCAGAAGAACUUGAUGGAACUGACUGCCUCCGACAAAGAGGACGCAGUGUGCUUAUUAGUAUUGACAGAGACCGUGAGGAAACUACCUGUGACACUGUGUCAAAACACUGGUAGAGUUUCCGCAAUUGCACUAAAUGGAACUUUGGUAUUCGUUUUUAAAAAGGUUGUUACAGAAAGGUUAUGUUUCUGUUUUUUGUCACUGAAAGAGGAAAAAGGCUGUCGCUUUCACUGAGGAGAAGCCAAAAGCUGGAAUAACUUCUCCCCUGUUGCGUCUACUAUUUUGAGACCUCAUUUGGUGGAAAUUGUGCAAUGCAUGACCCAGAUGAAUGCUUUUCACUGUACUAGCGUCCCUUUGGCUCCCUACAAGUCUGACCCCUCCAGACUGACUGAAAGACUGAUUGACAAAGUAGGAAUAUUAGAGGGAAUCUCCCUAUGCUGCCCUAGCGCUGUUGAUAUUGUGCGUCAGUGAACCAGCUCGUCUCCGGACCCCCGUUGUAAACAUCCGUGCACUCCUCUGUGGCAAGUUGUAGCAUCAUUAGCGAGCGUAAACACUGUAUGUUUCUCACUGUAACACGUUGACCUUGUGUUUUCAUGCUUGGAGGAUGGUGCACGUACACACUUGAAAUAGUCUUUUUCUGUAUUCUAUUAAUAGUUUUGGGCACACGGCUAUUGUAGCAUAUGUCUGUGUCGUUUGUAGGUACCUUUCAUGCAAGGGAAAUGCUAACAUUCAGCACUUUGGUCUUCAAAACAAAACCCCGUGCUACUACUGGAGUCCACCGCUUCCUGCAGUCUACCCCUUUUGUGACUCCUUGCCCCCCCCCCAUUUGCUGUACAAAUAUAUUUUUCCUAUUUAUGUGAUCGGUUAUGAAUCGCUCAUUUGACUUGGGUUUAAUAUCAAUGUUUCCCUCAAAUCAAACUGCCAUGCAUGACUCUUCUGUAUGAAGUGUUUGAGAUAUUUAUUAACAAAAAAUCAUACUUUAUCUGAAAGAUACAUUUGUGUGAGGUACAAAAGGGGGCUUUAAGCUCAUGUGGGUAUGUUUGUUUUUCUUUCCAGUGUGUGGGAGAAUGUGUGUGUGCAUGCCAAACAAGAAAUUGCACAUUUUUAAAGCUUUUUAGGUGAAGACUGGUUUUUUUUUCCACCUUGUACAUACUUUUACAGCCUUUGUGAAGUUUUUUUAGUUGAUGCUCUGUACAAGUAUUUGUCAAAGUAAAAUACAUAUCAAAUGAU